AUGGCAGACUCACAGACCACCGCUGCGCCUGCCGCAAACCCCGCUGAAGUCUCCAAGACUCAGAACUCCGUCGACGCCAACACGACUGAGUCAAAGACUGAGUCUACCCCCUCCAAGUCCGAGGACAAGGCCGCCAAGCCCGACGGCGAGGAGAAGUGGGAAAUCAACGGCAAGUCCGACAGCAAGAACGACCGUCGCAACGAUCGCGAAGACCGCGGUGACCGUCGCAAUGAUCGUCGCGAUGGCGGUCGCGGAGGUCGAGGCGGUCGUGGUGGCCGCGGAGGAGCUCGAGGCGGAUUCCACAACAAGAAGACCAACAACAAGGACACAUUCGAGGACCUCCCAGACUCCGACGACCCGAAUGAGAUCCGCCAACAGGUCGAGUUUUACUUCUCUACCCAAAAUUUGGCCACCGAUGAGCACAUGUUUAAGUCUCUUGAGGGCCCCAAGAAUACCCCCGUUUCUAUUCACCACGUCUGCACUUUCAAGCGCAUGCGUCGCUUCAAGCCAUACAGCGCCGUUGUAGCAGCACUUCGCGAGAGCAAGGACCUCGACGUCGUCGAUGAUGGCGAGUACAGCAAGGCCGGCAGCGAAGCUGUCAAGCGCAAGGAGCCCAUUACCGUUCCCGCCAAGGAGGGUGACGACAAGAACCCGCCUACCACAGAAGACCUGUUCUACCGCCUGAAAAACAACUCCUCCAACAACAUGGACAUGAGCGCCUACGUCAAGGGCUUCGGUAACGAGGAGGAUGCCGGCCAGAUCGCCUUGGAGAAGUUCUUCCGCCCCUACGGCGCAGUCAUGAUCCGCAAGCGUCGCGAGGAUGACGGCGCCUGGAAGGGCAGCGUCUUUGUCGAGUUCGAUUCCGAGGACUCCCGCAAGCAGUUCCUCGAGCUUGACCCCGCCCCCAAGUACAACGGCAACGAGCUCACCGUUAUGGGCAAGAAGGAGUACAUUGAGAUGAAGUGCAAGGAGAAGGGUAUCAAGCCCGACUGGGAGUUGACCGACCAGGAGAAGUACGAGCAGCGCAAGAGGCUCCGCGGCACCAACGGAGACGGCGGCCGUGGCCGAGGUCGUGGUGGAGGCCGUGGUCAGGGCCGCGGUGGACGUGGCAACGACCGUCGCGACAACCGCCGUGACGGCAACCGUAACCGUUCUCGCUCUCCCCGUGGACGUCGCGACCGCAGCGGCUCUGUCGACAGCAACGACUGGAACAAGCGUCGCGAUCGCUUCAGGGACGGCAAAGACGACCGCUCCAGCCGCAAGGAGGAGAAGAAGGAGAUUGAGCGCGACGCCCACGGCGUUCCCGUCAUCAAGGAUUCUAGCAACGACAACGCCUCCAACAAGCGCAAGGCCGACGACGGCGAGCGCACCGAGAGCCCCAAGAAGAACAAGCUUGAGAUCAAGCAGGAUGAGUAG